AUGGCUGCAGCUCGUGUGACACCGUCACCAGCAAACUCUUAUCGGAAGAAAGUGUUGCGUGUCAUAUUCAUCUCUCUCCUUUUGGACCUGAUUUCAUUCACCUUUAUCCUCCCUCUGUUCCCCUCACUCCUGGAUUUCUACCUCAAGCGCGACCCCUCCCCGAACUCUCUUCUGAACCGGAUAUUCCACUACCUCAAUGCAUACAAGAACUCAUUUGCGAAACCGAUCGAGUCGCGCUACGACAUUGUCCUACUCGGCGGCGCCCUCGGCUCUCUCUUCUCCCUCCUCCAGGCUUUCGCCGCGCCCGUAAUCGGGAGUCUCUCAGACAAGUAUGGCCGCCGGUCAGCGCUUCUCUGGUCCAUGACUGGAAACAUAAUCAGCGUGGCACUAUGGGUUGUAGCCACGGAUUUCCGCACGUUCCUUGCCAGUCGCAUCGUCGGCGGGCUUAGCGAAGGGAAUGUGCAGAUGGCCAAUGCCAUUGCGACUGAUAUCAGCGACGAGAGUCAGCGCGGGUCGACCAUGGCCAUGGUUGGCGCGUGCUUCAGCAUCGCCUUCACGUUUGGCCCGGCGCUGGGUGCGGCGCUGUCCAAGGUUACGUUUAUCGCUGCAAACCCGUUUGCGACGGCCGCUGGUGUCUCGCUGUUCUUGAUUGUUGUCGAAACGAUUUAUCUGUAUCUCAGUCUGCCCGAGACGCAUCCCAAAUUCACCCUGGCGUCCGAGUCCAAGUCCACAAAGACUGCAUCUAAAACGAAAGCUGGGAAUACAGCAGAUGGAACGACAGCUACGGUUAGCGGAAGGAAAGCGUAUACAAAUAACCUCACGGUUCUCAACCUGGUGCAUCUGCUCUUCCUCCUCCCAUUCUCCGGCAUGGAGUUCUCGCUACCAUUUCUCACAACCGCGCUGCUUGGCGAAGACACGAGCGUCAACCCGUCGGCAUUGAAUGGACGCAUACUCGGGAUUGUCGGCCUGAUUGCAUCCUUACUCCAAGGCACAAUGGUGCGUCGGCUGCCGCCGCUGCAGACAGUUCGCAUCGGUGUUGUCGCAUGCGCCAUCGCGUUCUUCUUGUUGGCGAAUAUCAAGACUAUCGGCGGCUUGCAAAUCGCAGCAUGCUUUCUGGCUGUCACCAGUGCGACUGUUGUGACCGGUCUGAACAGUUUGGGUAGUCUUGAAGCUGGCGAUGACGAGCGAGGGGUAAUCCUCGGCCGUCUUCGUAGCUGGGGCCAGUUUGGCCGCGCUUUUGGUCCGGUUGUGUUCUGCUCUUUCUUUUGGUGGGUAGGGAGAGAAGUUGCAUUUACAGCGGGCGGUGUUGCGAUGCUAGGUGUUUGUGGACUUGUUUUCUUGGCUCUGAAGACUCCUGUUGGUAAAGAGUCGAAGGGGAAAUGA